AUGAGUGGAAGAGGCAAAACCGGUGGAAAGGCUCGCGCUAAAGCCAAGACUCGCUCCUCCAGAGCUGGACUGCAGUUCCCCGUCGGCCGUGUUCACAGGCUUCUCCGCAAAGGCCACUAUCGCAGGUGCUUCUCCGCAAAGGCCACUAUCGCCAGUGCUCCGGUGUAUUUGGUCGCUGUGCUCGAGUAUCUUACUGCUGAGAUCCUGGAGCUGGCUGGAAACGCCGCUCGGGACAACAAGAAGACCCGUAUCAUUCCGCGUCACCUGCAGCUGGUGGUGCGCAACGACGAGGAGCUGAACAAGCUUCUGGGUGGCGUGACCAUCACUCAGGGCGGUGUGCUGCCCAACAUUCAGGCCGUGCUGCUGCCCAAGAAAACCGAGAAACAAGCCAAGACCAAGUAA